UGUGAAGGUGAGUGAGUGGGUCGUACUUUUUCCUGUUUUGUAACGUUUGAUCCUGCUAAGCCCCGCCCCUUCAAGAUAACACGUUUCUUCAGCCCAGCGGGGAAUCAGCUGCGGCGUGGAGAUCCCUGCAAAGGAUCGGGAGAUAAGAAUGGUUUGAGUUCUGCUGAACGGGAGACGGAGGGAGAAUGGUGGACCUGUCCUCGGAGUGGAACAUCUCUUUCGCAGGCUGUGGAUUUAGGAGCAUCUACUACGUCGGAGUAUUGAGCUGCAUCCUGGAGCGGGUCCCUCAGCUGCUGCAUGGAGCCGCUAUGUUCGGGGGGGCCUCCUCCGGUUGUCUGGUGGCAGCAGCCUUGGCUGUGGGAAUUCCCAUUGAACAGCUGUGUUUCAGCAUUUUAAACAUGGCAAAGGAGGCCAGAAAACACAUUCUGGGAGUUUUCCACCCGACCUUCAGGAUGCUGCAGACGGUGCGUCACUCUCUGCUGGAGAAGCUUCCACAGGACGCCCACCUGCGGGCGUCAGGGAGGCUCUGCGUGUCCCUCACCAGACUGGCGGACGGACAAAAUGUGCUGGUUUCGAAGUUUGACACCAGAGAGGAACUGAUUCAGGUUCUCAUGUGCAGCUGCUUUUUUCCCAUCUACUGUGGCUUUAAACCACUGUCAUACCACGGAGUGCUCUAUGUGGAUGGAGCUCUGAGCAACAACAUGCCCCUGUUUGAGCACAGAAACACCAUCACCAUGGCCCCCUUCUCAGGCGAGAGCGACAUCUGCCCCAGGGAGGGGACCUUCAACUUUUUCGAGGCCCACUACGGCAACGUGAGCAUUCAGGUUAACACCGGCAACGUGUACCGUGUGUGUACAUCGUUCCUCCCUCCGACUCUGGAGAAGUUAGCUGAGAUCUGCCACAAUGGCUACACGGACGCUCUUCGUUUCUUGAAAGAAAGGGAUCUGCUCAGUGUAAAGCAUGUCCCUCGGAGUUUAUCGCUUGGGAAAGGCUGGACCACACCUCCUUGUCGUGAGCGUGGAAAAGAGCGGGCUAAAGCAGAAGAGGCCAGGCUGAGGAAGAUGCUGCAGUGCAAAGGAAACCCUCAGCAGGAAGAGCAGACACAGCUCAGCCACAAAGUCACCCACAGCCUCCCCGCCGGCAUCCAGGAAGUGCUGUGUGAGGCGUGCCUGCAUAACCGCAACCCAAUCAGCUGGUGGUCUCGAUUUACUCACUUCCUCCCAAUAAAACUCAUCAUUUACAUGCUGACCCUGCCCCUCCGGCCUAUCCAGCUCAGCCUCUCGCUCGCCAAAGAACAAGUCCUUUGGCUCGGACCGCACAGAGGGAGACACAAAGUCUGAACCCAGACUACUUUUAGUCCAGUUGUUAAUUUGGUCCUUUGUUGGUUUUUGUAUCAGGAGAAGAUUCUCUAGAAAAUAUCAAGAUGAUGUUAGACACAGAAAGCAUGUCAAAAUGUUAAAAAAAAAGGAAAGUGUCCAUU